AUGGUGCUGCCUAUCUCUCGAGGAGUAUACUUCACCCUGCAACCGACAGGAACUAUACUGUCAGCAACCUUUGAGAAUGGCAAGAUCGCAAGUCAGGAGACCUUUCCUGAUGGCCGCUAUCCUCAGAACUGGGUUGAUACACUACGAGAGAUGGAAGCCACUCUGGGCUGCACAAAAGAUCUCGACCUUCAAUGUGAUAUUUUCGGCAACCAGUCAAGCAUCCAAGAGAGCACGGAUUGCCCCUCUGGCCUACUCUCUCCGAGUGCCACAUCUGCCCUAACGGAGAGCUAUAUCGGAAACCUCGAGGUACCGUCGCCCCAAGCAUGGCCUCAACCUUGCCUUCAAAUGCAAGAACAAGAUAACAUGCACUGGUCAUCAACAAUGAGAGCUUCGCCAAUGCCAGGAGCAUACUCGACCGUGUGCCCCUGCACAGCCACCCAUACACAUGAACUGCCUGGGGAAUUAGAGUACAAUUGCUCCCAUGCACCAUCGGUGCAGAAAAGGCCGAACUGGAGCUCCAAACGAAUGACUAAAUUGCAGAACCUCCUGUCUGCGAUUCGCAAUCAUUCUGUCCCAACCAUGGAAGAGCAUAAUGGACAAGUGGAUGGCCUUUACAAUGGCUCCUACAUUCCCGUCUCGUUGCCCGGAAUGCCCAUCAUGCAAUUCGCGGGAGUGCUCAGUCGACUUGGCAGUGUGUCAAACACGCUGGGGUUUGUGUACGGUAUGCUCAGCUGGGAGAUUUUCAUGAGGGAGGAGGAGAGACUUAUCAGAGAGGAACAUAUUUCCGUUGUCCUUGCGGCGAAACAGGUAAAUCGUAAAAUGGCAGAGCUCCUCAAGCACCCUGGCAAAGCAAAGGACUGGGCAAGCGAUGGCCGAAAGGCCGCCAAGAUUGUUUUCGGCACUCUGGAAGGAUGUAGCAAUGCAGUCAAAUCGUUCGCUCUCUUUUUGCUCGGCAAUGUUUGCAGCCUUGACAGUAUGCUGAAAAUAGCACACUUCCCUAUCAUCCGCAAAAACUUUCAAAUGAGCUUUGCCCAGAUAGUAGCGGAACGCACACCGCAAUGGGAGGCCUUAGAAGCGCAAGGCUAUAAAAUUUUUGACUAUGCAGAAUUUCUAAGACAUCGUGGGCCGCCAGUGAGCAUUGGAGCUCGCAAUGACCACUUACUCAGCCUGAACUUCGAAUGUAUGACACCCAACAGUGCUGGUUUAGUGACCGACUCUGCGUCGACAAAUGGUUCAGUGUCUCACGGCUCAGACUUUGGCUCAUCGUCGGUUUCUGAAGUGGAUUUACAUGUGCCAAUGCCAACAGUUCACAGCGUUGAAUGGCAAUACUCAUAA